AUGAGGGGUGAUGACGGCUUGGAGAUAUCGGACAGUACAAAUAAGGCUGAGCACUUUUCUCAAUUUUUCCGAUCCGUUUUCACAAGAGAAGCGGACUUUACCCCAUCUAAUUCUGAGAACAUGAGAGAUCCCACUAUGGAAAAUAUUGUGUUUCAAGAAGAAGCGAUUUUGGAAGAACUAAAAAGCUUGAAGGAAUGUAAAUCUCCCGGUCCGGACGAGAUUCCAGCAAAGCUGCUCUCUGAGCUUGCCCAACAGCUGGCCAAGCCACUAUCCUUUCUGUGCCAAAAAUCGUUUGAUGUUGGAAUUCUUCCCACAGACUGGAAGACGGCCCACAUUACACCCCUUUACAAAAGCGGUAGUCGUGCUCAGGCGACAAACUACAGACCCGUCAGUCUGACAUCAAUCUGCUGCAAAGUGAUGGAGAAAACCAUCAAAAAGGAGUUGAUGGCUUACUUGGAAACCCACAACCUCUUGUCCAAUGCACAAUAUGGUUUCCGUAGGGGAAGAUCAUGUGUUACGAACUUGCUAUACACCAUGCAAAGUUGGACACGAGCACUGGACGCAAAACACACCGUGCAUGUUGCCUAUAUUGAUUUCGGGAAGGCGUUUGACAGUGUUCCGCACCAGCGUCUCCUACACAAGAUGAGAAUUAUGGGCAUCGGUGGCAAACUUCUCAAAUGGAUGGAAAAUUUCCUUGUCGGCCGCUCCCAAAUUGUCUGCGUAGAACAACAGCAAUCAAGGUGCACAUUCAUAAAGAGUGGGGUCCCACAAGGCUCGGUGCUCGCACCAACUCUCUUUCUCUUGUUCAUCAAUGAUUGCGUAGAUGGGUUGGACUGUGAUUGCGCCAUGUUUGCGGAUGACAUAAAAAUCUGGAAAGUCAUCCAGAAUGCUGCCGAUGAGACCAACUUCCAAGAAAAUCUUUGUCGGUUGGACGAGUGGUCCCGCAGAUGGCUCUUGUCCUUCAAUUUGAACAAAUGCACCAUUCUGCGCCUCGGAAAUCAGAGCCCUGGUACGCGGCAAUACCAUCUGAACGAAUGCCACUCCGAUAAGCAGAAACUCAGAAAGAUCUCGGAGUUUGGGUUGCAGACCGCCUAA